AUGCGCCGCGAGACGUCCCCAGCACCAGUGGCGGAGCCCCCAUCUUCUACUUCGGUGCUCAGCCGUGCGGAGCAAGGCUGGCUUCGGUCGAUCGUGGGCAAGAAGAGUACCGUGCCGAAGAAGCUCGCACGGCCUGAUGCCACCAACUUCCCCUGGACGGCGAUGGCCAACGACGAGGGUGUCACAGGCAACGUGGACAAGUGCAUCGCUGCCCACUGUCCCAGGAAGCAGAUGCCCAAGUCAAAAGCAAGGGUUUGGUUGCGCCUCGCGCUUCGCGGUCUGGGCGACUUCAGGGCGAGGCGCGAGUCCCUCGUCCUGUGCCCCGAUGGGGAGUGGCCGCCGCCCAAGAAGGGCAAGGGCGCCACGGGCGGUGCCCUCGGGCCAUGCGGGGUGAUGGGGAGCUCGGCCGAGGCCCUGCUUGCCGUGCAGAACCUGGACGGCAGAGCUCUGGGCGGAGGCACGAUCAGCGUCGUGGUGGACGGAACCUCCAAGGAUGGGACGAAGCUUUGCGUUACAGGCAUACCUGACGGCGUGGAGUGGCAGGCUCUGAAGGAGCUUUUUAUGGAGGCAGGCGACGUGAAGUUCGCGGCCGUGAACAAGGGCACGGGCCCUUCUGGCACCUGCGAGGGCGAGGUCCGGUUCGAGACAGCUGCGGACAUGCAGGCAGCGUUGGGCCAGCUCAACGGGAGCAUCUUUGCCGGAGCCAAGCUCACUGUCAAGGCGGACGCGACCUCGAAAGAUGGCACCAAGUGUUUCAUCUACGGGCUUCCCUUUGGCACGCAGUGGCAGGAGCUGAAGGACCACUGCUCCCAGUCCGGGGCAGUCGCCUUCUGCGCGAUCAAGGAGGGCGAGGGUGGCAGCGAGCUGGAAGGAGAGGGCGAGAUCCGCUACGACGACCCCGCGCACGCCGUGCAGGCGCUGUCGCUGGAUGGGAGUGAGCUGUGCGGUGCGUCCAUAACAGUGCGGGCGGACCCGCUUCGCGAGGACAAGCUGAGAGUCCUCGGGCUGCCUGCCAGAUGUCAAUGGCAGGAGCUUAAGGAUCAUUUUGCCACGAUCGGGACGGUGGCCUUCGCCAGCGUGAAGCCGAUAGUCAAGGGUGCCGGCGGCGUGGGUGAAGUCCGCUUCGACGAGCCGUCGCUCGCGCAGGCGGCG